ACACAACAUGAGAAAGACCCGGCAAUGCUGACAAACACUGAACACAUGACUCUACUAUUAAUGUAACAAACAAAGCAAAAAGCGACAGAAACAAAACACAACUUAGAUGUGUGUGUUGGUAUGAGUAGCGUGCAUUUCUGUCAGGGAUGAAAAUGAAGUGGAUGUUUGCGUGUGUUUGCACCCACAUUGCCCCAGCAGGGAACGAGGUAAGAUGAGGUGUGUGUGUGUGUGUGUGUGUGUCUGUAACCAACAGGGAAAGGCUCUGUAACAAAUUCGAAUUUUCCCAGAUCAAUAACUUACAAAUUAUUAUAUUACAAAGACUGUGAACUGUGAAGUGCUUAAUUUUUGGGUUAAACAGUUUUGCAUUAUUGUUGUGUUCAGGAUUUUUUUGGGGGGCGGAGAUAAAACGCCCCUACUUCAUGACGCACUGUAGCUCCCGGAGGCUGGCCCCGCCCCUAACAAUUUAACUAGAGCACAUUCGCCUCAGUUCGCCGCUCAAUCGCGACGAGUUUGUCUUUGUUCUCAACAGCCUACAGUUUGCUAGCUAGCUAUGCCUUGGACACGGAAAUGCAUAUUACCUGGAUGCGAUCGUAUAGAAAACAGAUCAGUGUCUUUAUUUAAAUUUCCGAAAAACGAUCAAAUCAAGAAGAAGUGGAUACAUUUUGUGGAGAGACACCUUGACGGAGAGCUGAAGAUCACCACCAACACCCGCCUCUGUAGUGAUCAUUUUACACCGGAUAGUUUUAUUAACUUUCAUCGGAGACAACUGGGAUUCACUGAUAAUCCGCUGUUACUGGCGAGCGGAGCCGAACCGACUAUUUCCCGCCUCGGCCCUCGUCCUCCCGCCGCGCCGACACCUGGAGCCAUCAUCGGCAGUGCGAGCCCGCCAAAAAGUGGUUUCCAUGAUAAAAGCAUUGUUGACCCUGAUGAGGACUACACUCCAGAGACAAGUACCGCAUCAUCAGCUCGAGGACAGAUCCGGGGUCAAGGGCGAAGCAGAGGAGGUCGUGCAAGAGGCCGUGCAACUAGGGUCCGAGGAAGUGGUGGUCGAGGUGCAGGGCAAGGAGCACUUCUUGGACAAGAGGACCUGCAUCGAGUUCUGCAUCCUCAAGCUCAAACAAGGGCAUGUGAACAGCAGCCCCUUCCAAUCAAACGAGAGACCGAGUACCAGCGUGACGACGCGCAGAAAGGCACCCGAGACGUGGGAUGUCAGACAGAUCCCUGUGUGUGGAACAUCACACUGGACACACGCCUGUCUGAAACAACACUAGCCAACAGAGGGAACACAGAUUCUCAAGCUAUGGUGGCCAUGACCACAUCCCAGCUUCCUCCGCUCUGCUCUUCAACUACACUGAAGCGGAAAGCAGGAUCACCUGAUAGACCAUCAAAGCGCCCUCUCCUGGAGUUUCCCGGUUUUCAGGACAUGGCAGAUCCUGACGACUCCAGCAUGUCUGAAUUGGUUGACCCCACUAGUGAACAAGCACCAACCAAGCCGCCACAGGACAUGGUGAAAUACUUGGUAUAUGAGGAGUGUCUGCUUGAGCUUUUUAAGACCUGCCCCACCUGCUCGAGCGUCUGCAAGGUGAUCAAAUUUGUGAAAGGGACGUUCCUGUCUGUGACCCAGAAGUGCCAGAGCUGUUCAUACAGCCGAGAGUGGAGGAGUCAGCCUCUUCUGGGCAGCUCUCCGGCGGGAAAUCUGCACCUAUCAGCCGCUGUCUACUACACCGGCGGCUCGUUCAUGCAGACCAACCAGGUGCUCAACGCACUGCGCGUGAGAACCUUCAGCAGAACGACACACCGAAAUCAUGUGCGCAACUUCAUCCUGCCGUCUGUGCUGCGUAAGUGGAGAUCACACCAGAGCGACCUGCUUGAGCGACUAAAACAGAGAGGAACUGUGUCUCUCGGGGGGGAUAUGAGAGCUGACGGGCCAGGACAGUGCGCAAAGUACGGCUCGUACUCCAUGAUGGAUCUCCGCACUAACAAAAUUGUGGAUAUCCAGCUCGUACAGAGCAGUGAAGUGGGAAGCAGUGUCCGUAUGGAAAAGGAAGGGCUAAUCCGGAGUCUGGGAUUUCUCGAAAAAUCUGGUGUGAAAGUAUCUUCCCUGGUGACAGACCGACACACACGGGUGCAGAAGUUCCUCCAGGAACAGAAACCCGACGUUGACCACUUUUAUGAUUCGUGGCGUUUAUGUAAAGCGCUCAACAAGAAGAUAGAUGCCGUUUCAAAGGAGAAACACUGCAACAAGGUCAAAAUGUGGAAAAAGAGCAUCAGAAAUCACCUCUACUGGUCAGCAUGCGGGUCAUCAGAUGGAGAGGAAACAGUGGCCAAAUGGACGUCUCUUCUCAACCACGUCCAGAAUGUGCACGUCCAUGAACAUCCGCUCUUCCCCAAGUGCCUCCACCCUCCCUCCACUGGCAAAAACAAGUGGCUGAAGCCCGGAACAAAGGCCAUCUACAAGCUGGAGAAGGUGCUGAUGAACGAGCGUGUUCUUGGUGAUGUGAAAAAGCUGAGCCCUGUCCACCAAUCAUCUGCCUUGGAGGCGUUUCACAGUGAGAUUCUGCGGUUCGCACCCAAAAACGUGGCCUUCUCAUACUUAGGGAUGCUCUGCAGACUUUACCUGGCUGCAUUGCACUUCAAUGAAAACUCUGGCCGUACCCAAGCGAGGACGGCAGCCGGAGAACUGCAGUUCAACAUUAAAAUUCCCAAAGCCAAGAGAGGGGAACAUGUGUCCAUGAUGAAGACCAAAUACUCUACGGAGUAUGUGACCGAGCUGACGGACAUCCUCUUCAACGAGGUCAUCCAGGACCCGGCACCCUUUGUGGCUGAUCUGAAAGCAGUGGCUGUUCCUGGAUUGCUGUGUUCACAGUACGAGUGACCUGGGAAAUCCGACGCUACAUGUGUAUGUACGUCGUGUUGUACAGUAUGUUGAGACUGAGGCGCCAGAACUGCAACUGACAGAAUGCACUGGGCCACCGGGUGCGCUCGCAUGCGAGCCCCGACUUCUCGACCCUUGAUUGAUUGUGUCUCACAAUGGGCUUCUGAACCGUCUCCUAGGAUUGGUUUUGCUUGGAAGACCCUCCUGAGGGCAUAUAGCCCCUGACAACAUAGCUCAUUCUGGUGCUCAAACCCCUCCACCAGUUCAAGGAGGAGUCAAUGUACCAGUCUGAGCUAUAAGACGAAGCUCUCGUUUUACCGGUCGAUCUAAGUUCCUACUCUCACCUACUGUCGUGAGCUGUGGGUCAUGACCCAAAGGACAAGAUCCCGGAUACAGGCAACUGAAAUGAGCUUUAUCUGCUGGGUUGCUGGACGCUGCCUUAUAGAUGGGGUGAGGAGCUCAGAGUAGAGUCUGAACUCUACUAAACAAUACACCCAGCGAACAAACACCAUCCGAUGACCAAACUUUCGUCGUGGCGACUGUAAAAGUGAUGCUUUGUAUUGUUGCCCGUAAGUAACUCUGACGUCGUGACGAUGAUAAAUUGUCACAGAUAAUGAGUUGGUAAUUUUUUAAAUAUUUUUUAUUUUUCUACAGUCGAGCAUGUUUAGUUUUAAAGGUUUUAUGAUCAUUGUAAGUUUCUGCACAUACAAAACUUAAUUGCAUUUUUUUUUUUUUUUGCGUUAUUGAUGAUUUAUGUGUAAAAUUGUGAGAAAUAACAGUGUAGUCUUCCAAUAGACAGUCCUUCCAGAAAAACGCAGAGUUUUUUUGUGAUUGUUGCGGGCAAAAAUCCUUGAUUACGCAGCCCGUU